AUGCUGCUCCGGUCAAUUCGCACCGUCGAGCACCUCCGCCGAAUCUCCGCUUCUUCAGUUUCGUCGUCUCUUACUUAUCCUUCUUUCUCACAACGUUGCAAUGCUCUCCGAAGCUACCUACCACACAGAGUAGUAACAACAACGGAGACUGCUUUCUCCACUCCAAUUUCUCGCUUCUGUUACUCUUCGCUCGUGAAUUCGCCAAAUGAGAAUCAGCACACGACUACGUCAUCACCGGUUUCUCCACAGCGGAUUAAUAUCAGAAAGAUUUCACGGCGGAGGAAAAAAUCCGGAAUUAAAUCGCCAAACUCGCCGGCGUAUUCCUCUGCCGUAGAUUUGGCGCUUGACUCGGUGGUGAAGAUCUUCACCGUUUCCACGAGUCCUAGUUACUUCCUUCCUUGGCAGAAUAAGUCUCAACGAGAAUCCAUGGGCUCUGGAUUUGUAAUUUCGGGAAGAAGGAUUAUAACGAACGCUCACGUAGUUGCUGAUCACUCAUUCGUGCUCGUUAGAAAGCAUGGAUCGCCAAUAAAGCACAGAGCAAAAGUUCAAGCGGUUGGUCAUGAAUGUGAUUUGGCCAUUUUGGUGAUUGAGAGUGAAGUGUUUUGGGAAGGUAUGAAUCCUUUGGAGCUUGGUGAUAUACCGCUUCUUCAGGGAGAAGUAUCUGUUGUUGGCUAUCCUCAAGGUGGUGACAACAUCUCUGUUACAAAAGGUGUUGUGUCUCGAGUGGAGCUCACACAGUAUGUUCACGGAGCAACGCAGCUGAUGGCUAUACAAAUAGAUGCAGCGAUCAACCCCGGGAAUAGCGGUGGCCCGGCAAUCAUGGGAAACAAAGUAGCUGGUGUAGCGUUUCAGAAUCUUUCAGGUGCUGAGAACAUGGGGUAUAUAAUUCCAACGCCAGUUAUUAAACAUUUCAUAACAGGUGUUGAAGAAUGCAGCAAGUACGUUGGUUUCUGCUCAAUGGGUGUAUCAUGUCAGUCUAUGGAGAAUGCACAAAUCCGAAGUAUAUUCCAGAUGAGCUCAGAAAUGACUGGGGUUCUUAUAAGCAGAAUCAACCCUCUGUCGGAUGCUCAUAGGAUUCUGAAGAAGGAUGAUGUUAUUCUCGCAUUUGAUGGUGUUCCUAUAGCAAAUGAUGGAACAGUUCAUUUUCGGAAUAAGGAGCGAAUAACUUUCGAUCAUCUGGUUUCUAUGAAGAAACCAGAUGAAACAGCCUUGCUUAAAGUCUUGAGAGAAGGAAAGGAACAUGAGUUUAGUAUCACUCUAAGACCUCUGCAACCGCUGGUUCCAGUGCAUCAGUUCGACCAGCUUCCAAGUUAUUACAUAUUUGCGGGCUUUGUAUUCAUACCUCUCACUCAGCCAUACCUUCAUGAGUAUGGAGAAGAUUGGUAUAACAUUUCUCCUCGCAGAUUGUGCGAGCGUGCGUUAAGAGAUAUACCCAAAAAAGCCGGUCAAGAACUUGUCAUCGUCUCUCAGGUGUUAAUGGAUGAUAGCAAUACAGGAUACGAGCGUCUUGCAGAGUUGCAAGUGAAGAAAGUGAAUGGAGUGGAGGUGGAUAAUCUGAGACAUUUAUGUCAGCUCAUAGAGAAUUGCAAAACAGAGAAUCUGAGGAUAGAUUUAGAGGAAGGGAGAGUACUCGGCUUGCACUACGAAUCAGCAAGAAUUGCCACUUCGAAGAUAUUGAAACGACACAGAAUAGCAUCUGCGAUGUCUAAAGAUCUGCUCAUGGAACAAAAUCCGGAAACUGAGUUGGUUUCUUGUUCUGCUGCGGUUUGA